AUGGAGGACAGGAAGAGGCCCGCCAUCGGCGGUUCCGAUGAUCUCGCUGCUCCCCCUAGUAAGCGAGUCGCCGUGAAUGGAUCCAAAACAAAAGAUGAUGCGAUAGAGAUGAAGGAAGAAGGCUGGAUCGAGGCCUAUACCAAGGGGGCAAUUUACCGCCAAAUGCAAGAGUACAGUCGUAAAGCUGCGACUGCUGAAUCACGCCUCGAAGAACUGCAUAAACGAUGUGUACAUCAUGAUGACCAUUUAAGGAUCAUUGAUGGCUGGUGGCGCCAAUUACUCGAGGAAUUGGAACUCGUAGCAGAGCCUACAUUAUCCGGAAAUGCACCCACGACAGAUCCACCCUAUCUCAGCGCAAUCGGUUUCAAAGACUUGAGCGAGUUUCAAUCCCAUCUCUCAGACAAGGGCAAAGCUAUAAAGACAAAAGCCGAAUCACUUCUGAAUCGUAUUGCCUCGCAGCGUGGCUCCCUGAGUCCAGACGCCGCUUCUUUGGAAGCGAAAGUGAAUAACUUGCUUGCCGCGCAGAAGGAAUAUAUGCUGAAGCUGGAUCGUUUGAACACAGAGAAGGAUCAACUCUCCGAACAAUUGAAUGCCGCCACCUUAAGAUACUUCAAAGCCGAAAAGAAAUUAGAUAGAGCCAAAAGCUCUCAGGUGCAAAAGUUGGAGCAGCAGGCCUUUGCAAAUGCUACCCGCCCUUCUGGAGCGACAGCAGGGACAGCAGCGGCAUCGAGUGAAGUCGGCUCAGAACAACACGAAGUGAAUGGUUCAUCGGAUGAACUAUUGCUUAAAUACGAGGAAGCAACGGCCUCUGCAGCGAAGCAGAAGGAACAACUUGAUACUAUCCUGUCGGAGUUGAAGACGGCGCAGGACGAGAAUUCAACACUCAAAGCCCGCCAAAACACUUGGACAGAUGAGGAUUUUAUCCGAACAGACGUUUUCAAGCAGUUCAAGGCGCAGAAUGAAGAUCUCAUUAAGCGAAUUAAUAAUCUAGAGGCGACAAAUAAGCAACUUCGGGAGGAAGCCGAAAAACUGCAGGCAGAGCGGACGUCCUACAAAACCCAAUUGGAAGCUGAUGCGAGUCAGGUAACACAGGAGUUGGAGGCUGAUAUCAUAACCAGAGAUCAGGACCUCGCCCGAGUUCGUUCUGCUAGGGACGAGAUUCUUGCAGAGAACACACAAAGAAAAGCCAGCAUGGAGCAGGAGAAAACCUCACUAGGGCAUGUCAAGGAAUUGAUUAGCGCGAAGGACGAUCGCAUUGCCGCUCUGGAGUCUCGACUUUUGCGGCUUGAACCUGCCGAGGACCAGGAAAUGGCCAACGCAGAUGAUCUCGCGGAGCUUUCCGAAGAUGAGCUCAGGCAAAAGUAUAAAAAGCUUCAACAAGAUUUCCAGUCUAUCAACCAGGAACUGCCAUCCAUCGAAAAGGCGUACAAGAAGAUGAAAGACCAAGCACAGAAAAAGGUGCUGGACUUUGUAGCCUUGGAAGAAAAGGUUUCUCUUUUGAUUGCAGAGAAGAGCAAAGCAGACCAAAAGUACUUCGCUGCCAGAAAGGACGCCGACACCCGAAAUAAUGAGAUAAGAUCACUGCGACACCAAAACAGCAAGAGUACCGAGAUCAUUGCUCAGUUGAAGGACUUGGAGGCACAAAAUAGAUUACUCCUUGGCAAUUUGGAGAAGCAGGUUGCUGAUUUGAAGCAGUCAAAUGCUCUUUUGACGGCGGAGAACAAGAAGAUGGAAUCGACUAGUCUCGAGGCGGUAAGACGUUCUGAUUCUCUAAAUCGACAAAUCAGCGACUUGACGAGUUUGGUGAAAUCUCGAGACAAUGCAUCUGCAGCUGUACGAGAGCGAAGUACGGUGCAAGAAGCCGAGGUUGAAAAACUAAAGGUUCGAAUUGAGCAUAUUCAGAAGGACCGAGAUAACUGGAAGAACAAGGCACUGAGCAACUCAUCGGAGGAGGAAGAAAUGCUUCGGGUAAGUUUACGCAUUCUCCAAUUUUGCCGUGUCAUCAAUGCCAAGAUGAUGCUAACAUACAUCGCAGACAUUUGCACUAUGCACAAUUUGCAGGAAUAA